AUGGAAGAGAUAGACUAUGAUCUAAACAAGUUUAGAGUACCAGCAUCACCGUCACCAACACCAAUACCGGCACAGACACGGCACCUGCUACCAUCACGGACCCCCUUACCACCUCCCACGAGAUCCAAGAUACGGCAACAAAAGCUCAAAUAUGCAUUUAUUGGAUAUAUCAUUGUCCUUGUGUUUUUAGCAAUAACUCAAUUCAUUGGUGUGGGCUUCUUUACCCGAGGGUUUUUAUUAUCAAGAGAUGUGCUUCCAAACAUAUCUGAUUGUGGUGUUGGCAGUGGUGGUGGCGGUGGCUCGUCGUCUUCGUGUAUACCGCCUCGGUUCAACAAGGCCAUGAUUUUGGUUAUUGAUGCAUUACGAUUUGAUUUCGUCAUCCCCGUGGCUGAUUCAGAUGAGUAUUAUCACAACAAUUUCCCCGUCUUGUAUGAUUUAGCUCAACUGGAAAACGGAGUCCUAUUAAAAUUCAUUGCUGAUCCACCAACAACGACAUUGCAGAGGUUAAAGGGACUAACUACUGGAUCACUCCCGACUAUCAUUGAUGCUGGCUCCAAUUUCAAUGGUGACGCCAUUGACGAAGAUAACUGGUUGUUGCAAUUGCGUAAACUAAACAAGACAAUUGCAUUUAUGGGUGAUGAUACUUGGACAGCAUUGUUUAAUGAAUAUAUUGAUCCAAAGUUCAAUUUCCCCUAUGAUUCACUCAAUGUAUGGGAUUUACACACUGUUGAUAAUGGUGUUAUUGACCAUUUGUUCCCAUUGAUGGAACAGAAUGAGAAUCUGAAUUGGGACAUGUUAAUUGGUCAUUUCUUGGGGGUGGAUCACGUUGGUCACCGCUAUGGACCAAGGCAUUAUUCAAUGAAGGAGAAGUUGAACCAAAUGAAUGAUGUAAUAACCAAAGUUGUCAAUGAGUUGGAUGAUGAAACGUUGUUGAUUGUGUUUGGCGAUCAUGGCAUGGAUUAUACUGGAAACCAUGGUGGUGAUGCACCAGAUGAAUUGGAGAGUACAUUGUUUAUGUAUUCAAAAAAGCACAAUUUUUUCAAAAAGGACAAGGACGCAUAUGAUAUUGACGAUAAAGGUGCUAAUUAUAGACAUGUUAAUCAAAUCGAUUUGGUGCCUACAAUUUCUUUACUUUUGGGGCUCCCUGUACCAUUCAAUAAUUUGGGAUUCCCCAUAGAUGAAGCAUUUGGCAAUGCCAAGGAAGCACUAGCUGCCGGAAAAUUAACCAUUGAACAAAUUAAACGAUUUAGAGACUUGACACCAAGCUUAUCUGACUCACUACUUGAACAAUACAAUGACUUAAUCAAUGUCUAUUCAUCGAAAACAAACGAUUUGAGUCUUAUUGAACAAAUGAAACAGUAUCAAUUUCAAUCCUUGGAACAAUGUAAAUCAUUAUGGGCUAGAUUCGACUUGCGAUUUAUUGGGUUAGGCAUUGGCAUUUUAUUCCUAUCAUUAACAUUUAUGAUAACGUAUGCUAGAUCCAUCCCCGCGGUGAGAGUACUGACUCUCUCAUUCGAAUUUAUUGGUUCUGUUGUUGCAAUGUCAAUAAUUGGUGUUGUGUUGAGUUUCUCCAUUUACAUAGUCCUCAAGCCUGGUGAUUUCACAUUGAAGAUAUGUUUGUGUAUUGGUGGUGUCUUGGGUAUGGUUGUUGGAUUUUGGGCUCCUAUUAUGGAUAGAUUUAGCGUUGAUUUCAUAUGGCAUCAAACUGUUGACUUUUUCCAAUUCAAUUUCAAUAGUUGGUCAUUUAUGGGCAUUGUGUUUGUCACCUUACAUUGUCUCAUGUUUGCUUCCAAUUCAUAUGUUGUGUGGGAGGAUAAAUUGGUUCUGUUCUUUUUGCUUUCGUUUGGCGGUAGUUGUGUUUAUGCAUUGGCUAUAAAGACCGACUUGUCUCGUGAAGCCAAAAUACUAGGAAUUAGUCAUGCAAUUACAUUUCUUGUGCUAACUAGAGUUGCAUCAAUGGUUACAGCAUGCAGAGAAGAACAGAAACCAUAUUGUGAAACAACUUUUGCUGCUCUGUGGUGGUCAAUUAUUGUACUUCACUCCCUCACUUAUUUGCUCCCGGCUUUCAUCCAGUCUUUUUACAAGUUAUCGGACUCAUAUUAUUCAGCAGCUCCAUUGUGGAUAGGUACUGGGCUAAAGUUUCUCUUGUUCAUGAAUGCAAUGUAUUGGACAUUUGAGUAUGUUCAAAAUAAUGAGUUUUUCAAUACUGCUCGAUUCACUAUUAGUGAACCGUUAUUAAAGUCAUUGAAACUUGCAAUUGCAAGACUCGUGUUGUUUAUUUCAUUGGUUUUGGCGAAUUUCAGUUGGUCGCGAGGUCCACUUUGUGUUAAAUUAGAAUUGGUUGAAGUUAAAGAGAUUGACGACGAUGACGAUGAUGACGAAAAUCUGAGUGAUUCAGACGAUAUGAAGAGUCAACGAUCAGCGUCAAUUUUAGGAUAUGGCAACGUUUAUGGGUCCUCGUAUUUCCUACUUGUGUUGAAUUUCACUAUAGCCGUAAUGCUAACUACAAAACCCAUUGGUGCUAUUUCCAUUAGUAUUUUGAUUAUUCAAAUUUUGUCUUUGCUUGAAAUCAUUGAAGAAUUGCAAUUGAGGAGAAACUUGGUUUCGCCCAUCAUUUUUGGUUUGCUUGGAUAUCAACAUUUUUUCAGUACUGGUCAUCAAGCAACCAUACCUUCAAUUCAAUGGGAGUUGGGAUUCAUGACUACAGAGACAAUUUUAUUUCCAUUUACUCAUUUGAACAUCGUCUUGAACACAUUUGGACCAUUCUUUUUGGUUGCUUUGGCAGUGCCAUUGAUUACUAUUUGGAAAAUUGUUCCAUCGCCGAAACCAAUCACAGUCUUGUCACAAAUAAUCACCAAUAUUACAACACUCAGUACAUACUUUUUAUUCACAGGGUUAAGCAGUUCGAUUUUCGCUGCUCAUUUUAGACGUCAUUUAAUGGUGUGGAAGAUUUUUGCACCUCGAUUUAUGCUUAGUGCAAUGUUGAUUAUAUUGAUAAACAUUUUCCUAAUUGUUGUUACUUUAUGGGGUUCCGGCAAAGUGUUGAGACAAGUCAAUAGAAUAUUUGGUAAAUAG